UCUUCUUUGCCCGUAUCCUGUGCACACAUCAUUGCUAUUCGACUGGUGGCAAAACACGGCUCUGCAUUACUGUUACAGGCUGUUUGUGUCUAAUUUGUGCUGGACCAGGCCGAUCCUCUGCGCAACAACUAUGAAUGUUUCCGGGGAGGAGGGAGAGAGCUUCUAUGGCACUUCUGGAGCUCUGUGGAAUUAUUCUCUUUCCAUUUUUUACAUCCUGAUUUUCAUCAUCGCAGUGCCUGGGAACAUUUUGGCUCUGUGGGCAUUCUUUCACCAGAAAAGCACAUCUCCAUCAAGAGUCUUCCUGAGAAACCUCUCUGUAGCCGACAUAUCUUAUGUCCUCGUCUUACCCAUGCGCAUAAUUUACCACCUAUCUGAUAACCACUGGCCCUUUGGACACAUCAUCUGUCAGCUGUUAGGCUUCUUGUUCUAUCUAAACAUGUACUGCAGCCUCUACUUGAUGAGUUUCAUCAGCCUGGACAGGCUCCUGGCUGUGGUUAUACCUUUAAAGUCACAAUCAUUCAGGAAGCCUUUGUAUGCAAAUGUAGCGGUUGGCAUACUGUGGGUGAUAGUUAUUGUUUGCAUGAGUCCUACACUCUUUUCUGGAAGAAAACAAACCAACUCAUCUGGCAUUUGUAACAAACUGUACUUAGAAAAGACAAAUCCAACAGCUUUAACUUCCACUAUUGUGGCAUUUGCAAUUCCCCUCGUCACUAUAGUGGUUUCAUACAUACUGAUCCUGCUGAAACUAAGAACAGUGCAGCAAAAUGAAGAACGACCGGUGAAAGACAAAGCUAUAAAAAUGAUUAUACUUAUUGUGAUGAACUUCCUGUUCGCAUUUGUGCCCUACCAUGUGUGCAGAAUAAUCUACAUUCAACAGCAGAGCUUUGGAAAUAUUACUGAGGGGCUGAGAAAAGCCAAUCAGAUAACAUCUGCACUCACCUGUAUCAGUGGUAUACUGGAUCCUGUCAUGUAUUUCUUUUUGAAUCGUCUAUACAGGAAAACAUUUCUUAAGCUGUUCUGUAAAAAUAGGGAAGAUGUCAUAUAAAAAAUGCAAAUGGGGAAAAAAUGGAGGUAAUGCUAACCAUGUUAAAAACAUCAGCGUGGUUCCUAUAGCACCUAACCGCAAAUCAGACAAACUGCACUUCCCCUGAUUCAUCGACUUUGAAAUUGUCAGAAUUAGCCAGUACUUGUUUAGGGAACUAUAAUAGGUCAAAGAUAAUUUGUCAGUUUGGGACCUGUUAGCUUUCUGUCACUGAAGACUGAGACAUUUUUUAAAAUUUAUUUACAUUUUUUAAAAUUCUGUUUUUAUUUUAUUCUAUUUUUAAUUUUUAUUCUCUGAAUUACUCAGAAAUCUUAUCCCCAAAGGAGUGAAACAUCUAAGCUUCUGCUUUACGAUACUUUAUUUGUCUCACAAAAGGUAACUGAAAGUCUGUGACCUCAGCAGAAGUAAAAACAAUUGUUGCCUCUUGCAGUCUAUUUUGGUUCCAGAGUUCAAAGUUUGAAUAAAGAAUCCUGGUUUUCAUGACAAAAAAACCCUACUUUAAUAAUCACAUUUCAUUGUUAAGAAAUAGUUUGAGUGAGAGUGUGUGUGUGUGUGGGGGGGGGGGUCUGGUAAGAAUGCCAAGAGGUUAAAUCCACAUCAGAGCAGAAGCGUUAUUAGGCAACUGCAUUAUUCAGCAGUAGAACUGUGGACUGCUAAAGUUUCCUUCCUGCAGUCUAAAUGCGUUACCUAGUGGAGCCACGUGGUACAUUAUAAAAUGAGACAGAGGGUUAAGGGUAUAGAUAGUGUGGUGCUUUCAGUGCCUUAACACCUACAAAAUGUUGCUAAAAAUAGAUGAUGCAACAACGUGAUAAGCAUGCCACUGUUUUAGCUUUUGUGAUGUUGUUGGGAUCAAAACAAGAAGAAGAAUGUGCACAUUUUCAGAAAUCUAAAUGGUGUGUUUACAAUGGCUUCAGUAGUGUAAAAUAUGCAGCACAACUGCUCAGGCCUCCCAGGUGAAACGCUAUUUUACAGGUUUGGUUUCUUUGUGUCAGGAAGUUGAAGGUUCUCUGUGUGUUGUUGGGGGUUUUGUCCACUUUACAAAAAGUGUACCUCAUUUAGAAGCUGCACCUAAUUAUCGCUUAUUUUGAAAAUAAAAUUAAUCAUCUGAAUAUUAAAUAGUUUGCUCGUAACUUUCUUCAGAGUAUUUGUCUAAGAUUGAAGAAGUUUGCAGCAGAUCAAAUCGACCACUUGAUGGUGACAAACACACAGAACAGUUGGUUUUGUGAUUGUAGAUUACGUCAUAGUAAAAUAAACAAUAUAAAUACCUUAUUUGAUAUUUGACACAAGUAGAACAUUGAACCAACUGAUAGAGUAGUUUUAACACAGUUUUUAAAAGAGCAGACCUGAUGAUGUAGACUAUAAAGUAAACCUAUUACAUGAAGUAAAAUGUUGUAAUUUGUUUCAGAAAGGUUUACAAGAUGGUAGUGAGACCUACUUUGACCUGGUCAGUCAAAGUGAAAUGCGCAGAGGAGGCAUAGAUGAUGUAUUUCCUGGGUACGGGGUGAAUAUGGGAGUGCCAGGCAAGAGGAAAAGAGGAAGACCACAAAGAAGAUUCGUGGACGUGGAGAAGCAGGACCUGUAGAAGGAGCAGCUAUGAGCAUCGAAAAAAGUUGAGCAGUUCUUUUUCUCCAACUUAUUUGGC